AUGGGUGCAGUACGCUCUCAGAUGGACUACAGUCUUCCUGUCCAGGUCUGGGCUUCGCAAACGACCUUAGCAAGCCUAGAUGCUGUUCAGAACCAAGCCUUAAGACUAAUCUGUGGAACCUUUAGGACAACGCCAAUUGCCGCUGGCGAGAUUAUGGCAAACAUCCCACCGUUGAAAUUGCGCAGAGAACGAGCCGUCAUACUAGCUCACGAGAGAUAUAUGCGGCUGGAAGAUGGAUGCCCACUCAGAAGUCUGGUCGACAAUUGGGAGGGUAGGAGACGCCUCAAAAACCGGCCUUGUUUCAUGCAUGUGGCACGCGGGUUGGUCAGAGAGGCGAAUCUGCCGGUGGAGCGGGCUGCUCUAUCCCCGUCCGGUUCUAUCUUCCCGAUGGAGGCUCUCGGCAUGCCGACGAUACGGAAGAGCCUACUUGACCCAGUGGUGACGAAGCAGAGUCCAACCACACGGCUACUACAAGCAGCCAGAGAGACUAUAGCUUCAUAUCCAGCCGGAGUAACCACCAUCUACACAGACGGUUCUGUGCGGACGCUCGAGGGAACUGUGAAAGCUGGGUACGGUGCGGUAGUUCGACUCUCUGGCAAUCCCGAAAGUGACGAGCUCAGUGGAUCCUGUCAGCAGAAAAGCAGCCUUGAGGCUGAACUCGAAGCAAUGUUCCAAGCACUGGACUGGGUGGCUACGAUGGUACGUAACGGGACUGCGUCAGCGCACGACAUAGUUCUUUUCACGGACUCGGUGGCCGCACUGGAGGCCAUAGAACGGCUGGAUGAAGGUGCUAGAAGGGUAUGGGACGUCCUAACGGUCGGAGGGCGUCUCCUACGAUUCGGCGUGAACGUUACUUUGCAAUGGGUGCCCGCCCAUUGUGGAGUGGUCAGCCACGAUUUGGCUGACCAGCUCGCGAAAACCGCGGUCGCAACGGCGCUCGAAAAUGAUGAACCGUACUCAUAUGAAAGUGUACGAUCCCUAGUCAACCAGCGCAUGUUGACACUUUGGCACGACGGCUGGGAUUCUUCGGACAAGGGGCGAGAGCUUUAUCGGGCAAUGAGGAGACCAGACAGAAGGGAUGCAUGGGAAUGA